AGAGCGGGGGGGCUGGGAGGCAGGACUCCUGGGUUCCAUUAGUUAUUUCCGUGUUGAGAGCGAGAGGUUGAGUCUCUUUCAUGGGCGGGGGGGAGGAUUCUGCCCCAUGGACAGUUGGACGGGGCAGCGGUUGUGGGGCAGAGCCAGGUGCAUGCUGGGAAAUACAGUACUCUCUCUCCAGUCGGCGGCUCCCCACUCUGAGCUCCCAGAGCCUCGCCUCCCCCGCCGGGACUUUGAACCCAGGCGAUCGGCGAGGGAGGGGGCAUGGAGUGCGUUGUCCGGCCCUGCAGGGCUGAAGACUGUGUGGAGGUCGUGCGGAUGAUAAAGGAGCUGGCAGAGUUUGAGAAGCUCCCGGACCAGGUACAAAUCAAUGACCAAGUGCUCAGGGAAGAUGGUUUCGCCAACGACCCUUUCUACAGAUGUCUGGUGGCAGAGGUCCCGCCCGAACACCGGAGUCGAGACGGACACACCGUCGUGGGGUACGGCCUCUAUUUCUUCACCUACAGUACCUGGAAAGGCAGAAACAUCUACAUGGAAGACCUGUACGUCAUGCCUGAGUUCAGAGGUAAAGGCAUUGGCAAGAAGCUUAUGAGUAAAAUCGCAGAGAUUGGUGUGAAGAACAGAUGCACUCAGAUGAAGUUUAUGGUGCUGGACUGGAAUCAAGCGGCCAUCGACUUCUACCAGGGCCAGGGGGCGGUGGACCUCACGGCCGCGGAGGGCUGGCACUUCUUCCACUUCGGAGGAGAUGCCCUGGAGCAGCUGGCGCAGGGGCAGCUGGGACAGUGACAUGGCCACCAGCCCCAACUCCCCUCCCAGAGCCAGGGAGAGAACCCAGGAGUCCUGGCUCCCACUCCUCUGCUGUAAACCUUCAUAGAUGCUCCUGUAAAACCCCUUUCCUCUGAUCAAUUUGGUGGGGGGAGGGCGGUUUGGGGGUCAGGCAAGACUGUGUGAAUGAGGAUAGUGGGGUCGGGGGGAGGGGGUCUCUAGAUCCACUGGGGUCCCGUGUUCCAGCAGGCCCCAGCGACUAGUGCAUGGAAUAAAACCAUGGCAAACAAAUAUUUGUCUGUGUCCAAAUCACUCACCCCCAAGAAUGUUGGGGUCGGAGUGGGGGGGCAUAUUCAGGUGGCAAUGGGCGGGGGGUGGGUAGGAAGUGUUGCGGGGGAGCUGCAGGGUAUGGGGUGAGGGAUUUCUGCAUGACCCAGUUCCCUGGGGCAGGAGUAGGGAGCAAGAGAGCCUAACUCCCCUGUGCUGAAAUAUCCGUUGAAUAGUAGGGGAAUCACCCAUGGGGAGGUCGCAGUAGAGGGAGUAUGACACACAGUGUCCGAAUCAUCCCUCUGUGGGCUUGGCUAUCUCGGUCGGGGAGGUCUGGGCGUCGCCCUGAUCUCAGUCGUGAGCUAGUCCUGAGAAAAGGAGCUCCUGGGGGAGCCAGGGAUAGAACCCAGGG